UUUUUCAGUUUGAGUCGCAACACUUGGAGAAUUCAUUAUUAUUUAAUUUGAGUAUGCAAAAUAUGUUUGAUAUUAAACUAUUAAUUUUGAAAAAGUGAGUUAACAAACACUGGCCUGCCUAUCGACUAUCGUUCUAGCUACGAACCAUCGCUAGCGGGUCAACAAGAAAAUAAAUUAUAAAGGAACACUGGCUUGUCUAUCGGUCAUCGGCUUAUCGUUCUAGCUACGUCUCAUCGACGACAAGACGCAGUUGGACUUAAAUAUAUUAAUAAACAACUACAAAUUGCGACUGAAGGAAGAUACUAUAACAAUAUAAUGGCUAACAAUAACAAUACUGUAUAUUGUGGCGUACAUGUAAAGAACAAAUUUAGCGAUUUCCAUCCACUGCAUAACAUUGAUUUGGAACAAAAUGUGGCGUACUUGAAGAAAAUCAUUACACAGCAGCUGCAGCUGCAGUUUGAUGCCAACGAACUUGAUAUAUGCUACCUUGGCAAGAUACUCGACGAUGACUCGAAGUUGUCCAAUGCCAUGAAACCGAACGCAAUUGUUCAUUGUUUUCGCAAAAUGAAGGGCUAUGAACCGUAUCAACCGCCCCCCGCCAGCGAUAUCAAUACCAAACACAUCCAGGAACUAUUCUCUCUGACGUCGCAUUUACAGAUCAGCGUGACGUCGCGCUUUAAUAUACUGCAGAAAAUACUGGUGGAGUAUCCAGAAUUUCGUCGCAAUUUGGGCGCCCAGGCAUUAAUACGCGAUUCGGUGCUGUUUAAUAUGUUGCACGAACCAGAGGUAGUUCAGAAUCUAGUACGCGAUUAUCCGCUAAUCUGCGAUGCGGCCUCCUUCAUUGUGGACACCAUACGCAAGGAGCUAGCACGAAACAGUUCUGCGCCACAAUUUCAAGAGCAGGCUGCUUCCGAGUCGACCACAUCGUCCGAGGAAGAGAAUUCCUUAGGCGCUGGAAGCAGCAGCAGCGGCGGCAGCAGCAGCACUGCAGCUGUUAAUGUGGCCGCCGCUGCAGCUGCCAAUCGUCGCGAUGAACUGGCCAACAUCCGUCAGAUCAGUCGCCAGCAGCUGGCCAAUGCUUUGGCACGCGUGGAUAUGAGCUCAUUUAACUCGCUGUCCAAUAUUGCACAGCGCAAUGUGGACGAGGCGCUUGGUGAUGAUCAGCCACAAACUAGUGCAGGAGGAGGCAACAACACUGCAUCCACUGCAUCUACAACUGCAGCAAGCGGUGCAACUUCUGCUAUAUCCUCGGAGUUGUUUCGCAAUGAGCUAGCGCGCGCCUUUCAAUCGUUGCAGUCACAACAACCGCCAACGGCAACAGCAACCAAUGCACCAGUGGAAAACAUGGAUGUGGAGGCGGCAGAUCACGAUGCUGCCGAUGAUCCUGAGGAUGACGACGAUGCUGUGGCUGGCGAUGAUAGUGAUGUGCUGCCGCGUUGCUAUCGCCGCCAUCGCUUCACGGAUCAGUUGCGGACCAUGGCAGCCAUGGGAUUCAUCAAUCACACGCAGAAUGUUAAUUACUUGACGCUGGCCGAUGGAAAUGUGGAGCACGCCAUAAAUCUGCUGAUGUCGGGCAUGAACUGAAAUCUUUCACUCUUAGCACAUUGUAUUUAUUCUGCUGUUGCUGCUGCCAGAUGUCGUCAUAUAUAUGAAUAUAUAUAUAAAUAUAUAAAUUAAAUGUAGUAUGUGAAUUCACAUACAAUAUA